AUGUAUCGCCAAACCGCCCGCGCUUCGGCAAAUGCCCGACUUGCACUGAUAUCACGAUCGUUCUCGACAACGUCUUCGCGAUCUGUUCAAAAUGCAUACAUUCUCGCCGCAGUAAGAACACCAACAGGAAAGUUCCAUGGUGGCCUCAAGACAGUCCCAGCACCUCAACUCGGCGCUGCUGCCAUAAAAGAAGCCAUCGCCCGCUCCAAAGUCCCAGCUGCAUCUUUCACACAUGCAUAUCUUGGAAAUGUCCUCCAAGGAUCCCAGGGCCAGGCUCCGGCUCGUCAAGCUAUUAUUGCCGCCGGUCUUCCCACUACCGUUGAAGCUACUACCGUGAACAAAGUCUGCUCUUCCGGUCUUAAGAGUGUUGUGUUUGCCGCCCAGGAUGUUCAACUUGGCCUUAGCGAUGCUGUCAUUGCUGGUGGAUUCGAGAAUAUGAGUUUGGUGCCGAGAUAUAUGGAGAGAACAAUUGGCGGAUAUGGAGAUGUUAAAGUCGAGGACGGUAUUCUCAAGGAUGGUUUGACUGAUGUCUAUAACAAAUUCCACAUGGGAAACUGCGCCGAAAACACCGCUAAGAACCUCUCUAUCACCCGUGAAGACCAGGAUAACUAUGCCAUCGAAUCCUACCGACGCGCCAAAGCUGCUUGGGAUGCAAACGCCUUCGCCGAAGAAAUCGUCCCAGUCGCUGUCCCCCAGAGAAAAGGCGACCCAAUCCAAAUCUCCAAAGACGAGGACUACGAGGACGUUAAGCUCGACAAGAUCCCAACCCUAAGAGCUGCAUUCCAAAAGGACGGGACAAUCACUGCUGCUAACGCUUCAACCUUGAACGACGGAGCCUCAGCUAUCAUCAUCGGAAGCGAAAAGACACUUAAGGAAUUUGGUGGUGACAGCCGAGUUCUUGCCAGGAUUGUAGCUCACGCUGAUGCAGCCGUUGAUCCAAUCGACUUCCCAAUUGCCCCUGCAAAGGCUAUUCCAAUUGCUUUGGAGAGAGCGGGUAUUACCAAAGACGACGUUUCGGUCUGGGAGCUCAAUGAGGCAUUUGCAGCUGUAAGCAAGGCUUUGGAGAAGAGUUUGGGAUUGGAUCCCGCUAAGGUUAAUAAGAAGGGUGGUGCUAUUGCCCUUGGUCAUGCCCUUGGUAGCUCUGGAAGUAGAAUUUUGACUACUCUUCUAUACCAGUUGGAGAAGGGACAGUAUGGUGUUGCUGGUAUUUGCAAUGGUGGUGGUGGUGCGACUGCCUUGGUUGUUCAGAAGUUGUAG